AUGAAAUUAUCACCAAGAGAAAUGAAAGUGUUACUUGCUGCUGGCGUUUCAAUCGUUGUUUUCUUCUUAAUCAUACAGUCUUCUUCGGGGAGCUAUGUGGAGUCCGAAAUGGGAGUCGUUCCGAACAAGACUGACGCUUUUGGUGUUGUCAUUGACGCUAACACAUCAAGUAUUGAACAACACGGAGCAGCAAUUGUGGGAAACGAGGCCGAAGAGAAACGACGUUCUUUGGCAAUCUUCUUUAUCUUGUUUGUUCUGGUUUUGGCUAUACUUAUUGUACAUAUUUUAAUCAUUUCGAAGAUCCAUUUCAUACCAGAAAGCUUAGCUAUUGUGAUUUUAGGAGCAGCUGUUGGUUCGAUACUAUCUUAUUCAGAACACGAUUAUAGCGAAAUAGAAGCACUAAGCCCCGAUAUAUUCUUCUUGGUUUUGUUGCCUCCAAUAAUUUUUGAAAAUGCCUACAAUCUCAACAAAGGCUACUUUUUCUCUAACAUUGGUCCUAUUCUCUCCUUCGCGAUAGUGGGCACUGCAAUUUCUGCUUUGGUGAUAGGUUUCUGCAUAUACAUUCUUGGUCAGGCUGACCUCGUUUUCGAGCUCUCUGUGUUCGAAUGCUUUGCUUUUGCAUCUAUGAUAUCUGCUGUGGACCCUGUUGCGACUCUAGCUAUCUUCCAAGCCGUCAAAGUAGAAGGUUUGCUGUAUAUGCUUGUAUUUGGUGAAAGUAUGCUGAACGACGCGGUCUCAAUUGUAUUCGCAGCCACAGCUAUCAGACAUUCUCAUCCACCGCUUAACAGCCUUGGACCUUCCGAAAUUUUAUGGAGUGUUUCCACAACAUUCUUUGCUAUGUUUUCUCUGUCAGCAGUGCUUGGAUCAGCAAUUGGUCUCCUCAGCGCCCUGCUUUUCAAACAUGUCGAUCUCAGAAAAACACCUUCGCUAGAAUUCGCACUCCUGCUGGUUUUUGCUUAUAUUCCAUAUGGAUUUGCUGAAGCAAUGUCUCUUUCAGGAAUCAUGGCUAUUUUAUUCUGUGGCAUAACCAUGUCUCAGUACACUCAACAGAACAUCAGCCCCGUGACACAAAUCACCUUUCGCCAAACAUUUAGAACAAUCUCUUUCGUAGCAGAGACCUCUACGUUCGCUUACAUAGGAAUGGCAUUCUUCACCAUUAAACUGAAUUUCCAACCAUCACUAAUUUUCUGGUGUAUUGUGCUGUGUCUCGUCAGCAGAGCGCUCAACAUCUUCCCGAUCUCUUACGCUGUCAACAAAUGCCGACGAGAAGUGCAAAUUUCUACAAAGAACCAAAUUAUUCUCUGGUUCAGUGGAAUGCGUGGUGCUGUGUGUUUCGCCUUAGUUUUGUACAUGGAAGUUGAGAAGGAGAAAAAGUCUGUGAUCUUGACCACAACACUUUUUCUCAUCCUUUUCACUACUCUUUUCCUCGGAGGCACUGUCAUGCCAUUUAUUUCUUUCAUCAAUAGAUGCUAUCCUGACGAAAGACCUCGUCGUAGAAGACGAAGUCUCCGGAAGCAGAAGGAUGCUGUGAUGAUGAGCAAAACGCAAGAAAUGGCAAUGUUUGGGAGCGACGAGUGGACUCCUCGAAAAAGUGAUCAGUCCGAUAGAAGCUCUACAGCGGCAGGAAGAAUUAUGAGGCAGCUUUUUGUCCGCAAAUUCACUGCCUCUGAAAAGCAAGAAAACCGCGAGAAACUAGCUGCUUUGACAAGAAGAGUGCUACGAAAUGAUGACUCCGACAGUGAGGUGGACGAAUGCGCUCCUCAUGCACCGUUAAUUGGAUCUGCUUGA